AAUGGUAUUUAUAGCAGUUUCUACUAUGAAAAUAGUAGUAUUCUUCACCUUAGUGGCAAUUGCGUGCCGGUGUUUGAUAAAUCAUUCUUUUUUUUUUUUGUGCACAUCAAAGUCUCAACAGCCUGCUUUACCUGUCCCCAUUUGUUUACUAAUAAUUACAAUAAUCUCUUGCUUCAACUUUAUUCAUGUCCUCUCCCAAUCUCUCUCACCACCUUGUUUGUUGCUUUGCACAUAAUUUUAUAGUUGCCCAGAUAUAUUUUUUCCUCAAUUGUUCAACUUCUGUUUCUGGGUAAUUUUACCUCUUUUGUGUGCUCUUUUUUCAUCCUAUCUCUGUAAAGUUUGGCUCUUUUAGUUGAAAAGGUUGUUGCUUUUUAGUUUCCUGAUGAUUCUGGAAAGAUGAGUAUUUUUAUUUAUCAUUUACAAGGUUGAGAUUUUGUUGGGUUUUUGGUGGAGGCAAACAGUUCCGAAAGAAAAAAAAAAAUGAAGGAUUUUGCUGGGACACCAGGAACUUUGACUGCUCUUGUUUUGAGGAUUUCGCAGUGUAUUUUUGCAGCUGGCUCAAUUACUGCAAUGGCUACCACCUCCACCUUCUUCAAUUUUACAGCUUUCUGCUACCUGAUAGCUUCAAUGGGUUUGCAAGUGAUAUGGAGCCUUGGACUAGCAUUAUUAGAUGCAUACGCCUUGAUCCGGAAGAAGGUUCUCCACAAUUCCAUCUUGGUCAGCCUUUUUGUAGUUGGAGACUGGGUAACAGCAACACUAUCUCUAGCAGCAGCUUCUGCCUCGGCAGGCAUCACAGUGCUCUUGUUUCAUGACGUGGGACAUUGUAAUUAUUUAACGGAAUGCCAAAAAUACCAAAUGUCAGUUGCAUUGGCCUUUCUGAGCUGGAUAACCAUUGCAAUAUCGUCUCUAAUUAUGCUAUGGAUACUCGCAGCAGGGGAUAAGAUGCUACAACAAGAAAUUAUGGCAACCCACUUGUACUUAUGGAUGGCUGAAUGGUUGGAGUAUAGAUGAAGUAACCAAUAUUUGUUGCAAAAUCAUGUACAUUUCCCUUAAAAUUAUGAUUUCAUAACUGUAUUAUGUUAAUAUAAGCUCUUAGUAACAAAUUUAAAAUUACCAUUUGAAUGCAGUUCAAUUGGUAUUACAACUA